AUGCGCGAAGCCGGUAUUGGCAAAGUCCUCUAUUACCGAACCAAGGAAUUCGACGGCUACUGCAAGGAAUACCCGAAGACAUCAAAAAUCUCCCUUGUAGAUGCAAUAACGAAGUGGGAGGCCCAACAUAGACCCUAUAUCGAACAACUGGAAACACGAGCUCUCGAACUCGCGAAAGGCGACCUCAUCCGCGUAUCUAAUCUUGAGAACCCCCAAGUUGUAGACAGGCUGAAAGUUCACGAGUCCUCUUGGCAUAAUGCCAAAAAUGAAUGGGCUGUCACCAAUGAAGAAGAAAGCUUCAAAGGAAAGGGUCUACAGGCUUUCUCUCCUGAUGUCACAUGCGCACCUUACGACAACCAAUUAGGGUUCGAAUGUGGGAUUGAUAAGUCCGCAUUUACCCUCCUCCUGCCUAAAGAUGGCAGCUCUUUAUUCGUCUAUUCCAUCGUCCCCGUGCGCGAGGGAGACUUUCUAGGCAUAUUUGCUGGUAAGAUUCGGGUUUUGACUACCCACGGUAUCCGCGGUCCUAUCGACAAUCUGUGGUUAGACUACUCACAAGUCACUGAGUCCCUCAAAAGCUUUUCAGGGAAGGCGAUGCCUGACGCGCACAUUGGCACUUACAGAGCAAUCACCUCCGCCAUCUCACAGAUGCGCACGGGCAAGAUCGGACCUCGUGCAUACCUCUGCGCCAUCAACAAGGCCGACUCCGACCAAUGCGGAUGCGGCCACGGGCCGCAACCCGUGAGGCACAUCCUGCUCGAGUGCCAAAACUGGGCGGACGAACGACACCGAAUGUAG